GAGCAAUCAAGGCUGCAGUCGGAGCUGAACUCAGUCCACAUUUUACAACAGGACUCUCAGCACCGGGUCUCUGCGACCGACCGAGCCUUUUCCAUAAGCGCCGUUAUUCCUCCGCACUGUCCGAGAACAGAAGGAGCAAACCCCCGGGGGUAGGAAGCGGCACGGAGCGGCACGGAGCGGACCGGAGCGGACCGGGGUCACAUGGAAACGCUAUGUAGCUGGAAACACGGCGGCGGGACUUCAUCAUAGUUUCACUCGAGAGGAGGCGAAGUGAGCUGCGAGAUAAACAUGCUCAGCCCGAUGCUGGCCUCCCUGCUGCCUCUUCUCCUUCUCUGUCGGAUUUCUUUCUGCCAGUACUCCAGCGACCAGUGCAGCUGGAAGGGCAGUGGUCUGACUCACGAAGGCCACGCCAGGGACGUGGAGCAGGUGUACUUGCGUUGCUCCCAGGGCUCUCUGGAGUGGCUCUAUCCAACGGGGGCCAUCAUUGUCAACCUCCGGCCCAACACGGUCUCCCCCGCCGCCGCCCGCCUCUCCGUCUGCAUCAAACCCUCUGCCGACUCCACGGGCACCAACAUCUACCUUGACCGCAACGGCAAGCUGCGGCUGCUGCUGCGUGACCAGGACCAAGCUCAGGGCAAGGUGCAAUGCUUCAGCAUCCGGGAGGGGGCACUCUUCAUCGAGGCUGUCCCGCACAUGGACAUCAGCCGCCGGAUCACAGCGUUCCAGUACGAGCUGGUCAGCGACAGGCUGGGACCAGAGGCGCGCUCACUGGGAGCACCUUGUCAGCCCUGCAGCGACGCUGAGAUGCUUCUAGCAGUCUGCACCAAUGACUUUGUGGCACGGGGCAGCAUUAAGAAAGUGGAGCAGGAGGAGGAGCACUCGUCCGUCACUGUGGAGAUCAGCCGCCUCUACAGACAGAAGACCCAGGUCUUUGCAUCUGGCGGCGUGAGGGUACGGAGCUGGACUGGCCACAUCAAGAUGCCCCUCCAGUGCAGGGUGAGGUCUGGCGAGGGCGAGUUCCUCUUCACGGGGACGGUGAGGUUUGGGGAGGCCUGGAUGGGCUGCGCUCCACGCUACAAAGACUUCCUGCGGUUGUAUCAUGAGGCACAGCAGCAGGGGACCAACCCCUGUCAAGUGGACACCGACUGAGUGUGGCACACGCUUGGAAAUAGGACAAGUCCUCACUGGGUGGGGAGGAGAGCUGAACGAAGAGUUCAUGCUAAGCAGAGAAAGAGACUGACAGACUGGCCCAGUGGCAGAGCCUCUCUCCUCUCCUGCUGGCUCGUGACUCUUUGGAGACGAAGAAUGGAGCUCCUGAAUGUUGCCAAGCAGCAUGCUGGAUGGAGUCGAACGUGAUGUAACGUGGAAUGUCUUCAGACUGCCUUUACUCGCAGACAAGGAUCUCCCAGGUUUUAAAUGUAGCAAAACCCCAUUUGUUUUUUUUUUAUUUGUAUAAAAUGUGAAUGAACAUUGUAUAUUUUGAAACUCUGCGUGCUUUGUAAAAAGCUUGAUGUACAGUUCUGAAGUCAUUUCUUAUGACAGAAAUGUAUAAAGUGAAAGCCUCUUAUUUUUAUUUUGUUUAAAAAAUGAUUCGCAAUUUAAUGCCUGAAUUCAUGUUUUUUUUCAGGCCGGACAAUUGUAAAAAAAACAAACCAAAAAAAAGCAAGAUCUUGUUUUUUUGCCAUUGAGAAUAAAAGCUUUUAUUCCAUGGAA